AGUGGGCCUUACCUGGUCAAAUAAAAAAUUUUUAGUUUAAACCCCUGCUGGAAGAAUGUCAUUCAGAGCAGUCAACAGCUGUUCACAAUCCCAGGCAUGUGCCAGCAGUUGCAUGUCCACAUUUUCAUGGCAAGGGUCACCAGCUUAAUAUCACAAGUCACUGUCGGGUUCUCACAAAGUAGGAGCUAUUUGAACCACCCUAUAGGAUGACCUGGCCGAGUAGAUCAUCAGCAAAAUGUGAGCCUGUGUCAUCAAGCGCUGCUCUCUGGACGGUACGGAGGCGAAUCUCAAACCGACGACGAAGGAACAUCAACGUCACACAAUUCUGCACAUGUGGUAUUGUUUGUUGUACAGGUCAAACGGUCGUGUACUCUGCUCCCUUAAACAUCCAUGGGGGUUUUUCUGUUGCUGUUCAAAUUGUAGAUUGUAAGUUGGAUGGUUUCGGGAGCAUGGAUUGGGCCACAGGGGGAGGAAUGCUGAGCGUGAGUUGGGAAAUUAUUAACGCCGAAAAAAACAUUAUUUCUGCACAAAACGAAUUUUUAUUUGACUUGUUGAGAGCUGCCAGCGACGAGACAUCUCAAAAUGAACAUUAAAGCCAUCUUAUUGCUGUGUCUGUUUCUCAUUCUUCAAAGUGUUCGUGCCAGAGUGUUCGUGUCGCGGCUGGAGGCGGCGUCCCUGCUCGCACGGCAGCGCAGGGCCAACUCGCCCUUCAGCAUGGAGGAGACGAAACAGGGCUCGCUGGAGAGAGAGUGCCGCGAGGAGACGUGCAACUUCGAGGAGGCCAGGGAGAUCUUCGAAGAUGAUCAACGCACGAAUGCAUUUUGGACUCUAUACAUAAGGCCCAACCCGUGUUUGUCGAACCCGUGUCAGAACGGAGGCACGUGCCAGCACACGCACACCGUCUACAUGUGCGUGUGCCCGCGGGGCUGGGAGGGCCGCGUGUGCUCUCAAGAGGUGAGCACCGGUCAGUCGUGCAAGGUCAACAACGGCCGGUGUGACCACUACUGCGAAGAGGAGGAGGCGGCUGCGGCUGGGGGAGGGCGCAGGGGGGCGGUGUGCAGCUGUGCGCCCGGAUAUCAUCUCGCCAGGAACAGGCGAUCCUGCAUGGCCACGGAGGCGUUCCCGUGUGGCCGUGUCGUGUCGCCCAAGUCCGAGAUUCUCAUGGGAAACUCCUCCGAGGCUGCUACCCACGUCCCGCCCAGCGCUCACGCUGCCAACGUCAACAGCAGCAGCAUCGGCGACGACUCUGAGCCUCCAGCCUCGUUCGGACAAUCGAACCACAGAGGGCGCGUGGUGGGAGGCAAGGAGUGUCCGCGCGGGCAGUGCCCCUGGCAGGUGCUGAUUAGCCGCAAGGGAGCACCCGUGUGUGGAGGAACCAUUCUCAGCCCCCAGUGGAUCCUGACAGCCGCACACUGCACCAUAUACGAGACCAAGAACCUUCGAAUAUUAGCUGGGGAGCACAAUGUGGACGAGGUGGAAGGUUCGGAGCAGGAGCUCGGCAUCCUCCGAAUAGUCGACCACCCCAGCUUCAACAUAAAGAUCUCCUACGACAAUGACAUCUCGCUCAUCCAGCUGAGCCGCCCGAUCCAGUUCACGAGAUACGCGCUGCCCAUCUGCCUGCCCAACCAGCGGUUCGUCAGGGGGGUGCUGCGCUCCGUGGUGGCGGGGACGGUGAGCGGAUGGGGCAAGCUGAACGAGUUCGGGCCGGCAGCGGGGAUCCUGCAGCGCUUGGAGGUGCCAUACGUCGACGAUGAGCAAUGCCGCGCCGCUAUGGGCAGCAAAGUCAUCACGGCCAACAUGUUCUGUGCCGGCUACGAGACGGGCGGCCAGGACUCGUGCAGCGGAGACAGCGGAGGGCCCCACGCCACGCGAUACGGCAGCACCUGGUUCCUCACCGGGGUGGUGAGCUGGGGGAAAGGGUGCGCGCGUGAAGGGAAGUUCGGCGUUUACACCAAAGUGCUCAACUACCUCGACUGGAUUGCGCAAACGAUGGCGGAGACGGAGAGUCACACGCUUCCAGAGCCCGCACAGCACUAACACCACCGCCACCAUCACCAGCACUACCCCCAUCAUCACCACUACCCCCAUCAUCAUCAUCACCACCGCCACCAUCACCACUA